ACGCCGGUAGCAAAAUAGCUUGCGACAUAAGUACGCUCCAAGAUGUAAAAUAUGCACUGCUGCUAAUCAAACCAGGCUAAACAAUAUAACCGACUGGAGAAAAAUACAAAUGAUAGCUAAUUAACUCGACUGCCACAAAUUGAAGUUGCAGACCUUAUGGCUUUGUAUUGUGGGUAUUGUAGUCCACGGCUAAUUCGAAAUAACUUAACGUUCACUAUCACGUUAUGGCUGCCUGCUCUUGGACGGUGAACUGUACAGAAUGUCUGCCGUUGGGCUGCUUACACGCCUGGAGUGGACAAGUAAGCCGAUGACAGUUGCACCGAGGUGACCGUGGCGAGGGCGAGUACACAACGCAGAAGCCAGUGGGUCCAGGCAUUCGUAUAAACCUUCUGCACAGAGAAGUGGGUGACUGAGUUUGACUUGCCGGCCAAGCCCAGAUUAGCUGAUGUAUGGCUUGUUCCUUCAGCUAAAUACGCCAUCAGGGGACCCCGGUGUGCAGGAAGCCGUGCUCACACUUCAUCAGUUGCAAAAACAGGAUAUUUGUACGCGUCCGUGCCUGCCAUGGGUUUCCUGAGGAUCCUCUCUAGCACUAUGGCAAGGAUGAGUACCUUCAGAUCUUACCAAAUGGUACUGCUCUUGGCAGCCGCGCUGGCCGUGGUUGCCUUCUACUACUUUGGUUCGGAGCGGCACAGUUUUUCCAGCACCACUAAACGCAUCAGACAGUCCCAAGCUAGCCAGAACGCGAACCGAAACGACGCAGACCUUUCUCUAGACACCAGACCGGAGCAUAAGGAAUCGAAGAUUGCUUUUGAGGCAGAUGACGCCGCGCGACAGGGGGACGCGAGUCCUGCGUCAGUUGAAUACCACGCGCUCAUGAUGUUUACCAAAGUGGACAAGAGUAGGGGGCUGCAAGCAAAAUUCCAGGUAGCCGUGAGGUCCAUGGCGAAGCACGGCAGCUUCCUGGAAGGUGAAGCGCUCGUGCUUCACUUUGUGAGUGACGAGGCCAGCCGAGAGCUCGGCGAGAAGAUGCUGCCCGAACUGCUCAUGGACGCGACCUUUCUGUACCAGGUGGUGUUCCAUGAUGUGAGCAGCCUGUCGGAGAAGCUCCUCCCCAUCGUGGAGGUGAUGCAGAAGCACUUCAGCGCUGGAUCCGGCGCUUACUUCAGCGACGCCAUCUUCUUCCUGUCGGUGGCCAUGCACCGCAUCAUGCCUGCAGAAAUGAAGCGCAUCGUGCAGCUGGACCUGGACCUGAAGUUCCGGAGCAACAUCCGGGAUCUGUUUCAGGAAUUCUCCCACUUCCCGCCCGGAGCUGUGAUCGGAAUCGGCCCCGAGCUGCAGCCGGUGUACAGGCACAUGUUCUGGCAGUACCGGAAGGAGAACCCCAAGUCCAAAGUGGGCGAGCCCCCCCCGGACGGGCAGCCGGGCUUUAACAGCGGGGUGAUGCUGCUGGACCUGGAGGCCAUGCGCCGCUCGGCUCUGUACAACCAGCUGCUGGAGCCGGGCCGGGUCGCCGGGCUGGCCGAGAAGUACCACCUGCAGGGGCACCUGGGCGACCAGGACUUCUUCAGCCUGAUCGGCAUGGAGCACCCCGAGCUCUUCAGCCCGCUGCCCUGCGGCUGGAACCGCCAGCUCUGCACCUGGUGGCGCGACCACGGCUACGGCGACGUCUUCCAGAUGUACUACCGCUGCGAGGGCCCGGUGCACAUCUACCACGGCAACUGCAACACCUCCAUCCCCGACGACUGAGCGUCACCACGGCAACUGCAACACCUCCAUCCCUGACGACUGAGCGUCACCACGGCAACUGCAACACCUCCAUCCCCGACGACUGAGCGUUAUCACGGCAACUGCAACAAGCCCAUUCCUGAUAACUGACCAUUCCCACGGCAACUGCUGCAUACCCUUCCCAAUAACUGUCAUUACCAUGGUAACAGAGACUGAGCAUGUUUUCAUGGCUACAUGCCUGUCACCAGUGACUAAAUGCAUUACCAUGGAAACAUGCACAUCUCUGACUGCUAAGCGCAUCAUCACAGCAAUAGUCGAUAGUCUUCCCUGAUGACUGAACACAGUUACCCCAGCAAACUACAAGAAACCCAUCCCUGACGAUCCCUGUUUCCUUCACCGCUACGUGACGCUAGCUGUACAGGGUUUCAAGUGAACUGUCUGUUUAACAUACCUCUGAGGAGUGUACAUUAGCUGCCCAAGUGUUCCAUCUCUGGGGCUUUUAGGAACAGAGAUGUUGGAACACCUGGUCACUGUCCCCUUGACAUUUUGCAGGACAGACCAGCAGGUCUGGAAGUCAGACGUCAAACGUGCACCGCAAGCUCUUCAUCUGAAAGGUCUUCAGUUCAGGCUGAAUUUCGCAGCAAACCAAAAAUCGCCUGUAAGGUGGGAUUCUGGUGAAAUGUUUGUGAGUCUCAGUCUUCAUGUUUAGCUCGAGUGCCUUGGGAUAGUCAUCCCUGUGCCUGUCUUCAUUGCAUCUCUGGACUCUCAAUCAAACUG